ACGCCAUCUCGUGGUAAGUAUCGUACAAAAUGUCUUCUACGUUUCCAUCCUUGCUUCCCCGGCUGUCGAAUCCGUUAUGGUUUGAUGUGGAAAAACCGUUUGAAGAUGAGGCAGAAUUGGCAGAAGAGGAAAGAAAGCAUCAGAGUUGGCUUCAGAGUAUAGUUGAGAAAGACCAAGAUGUGAUUCCAAUUGGAAAGACAGCAUCAGAGACAUAUGAUGAAGAGGAAGAUGAAGGUGACAUUGAAUCUGAAGAGGAAUCAGAAGAAGCAGAAGACCCUGAAGCUGAGGAGAUGAAUGAUUAUGACCAAGAGUCACCUGAAGAGGUUGAAAUGGACAUGAACAAUGAAGAGGACAUAUGGGUUGGUCUACAAGAAUGAUGAAUGGUAUUAAUGCUAGAAAGUGGUAAUGGCCUGCUUAGCAUUAAUGCUUGCUAAGUCUUAUUACUUACAAGCAAAAUUACAAAGCUUGAAUGAAAUAGGGCAGGAGUGCAAGGGGAUAGUGACUUAGUCCAUUGAAUAGAAAAUUUGUGAACAUAAGCAUUUCUCUGUCCUGAUGUAUUCAAGGGUGGUUUUAAUGUUUGAUAUUACUGGGUGGCAAAAAGAUCUUCUCUAUGUUUGUAUAGAUUUAACUACCUUAGAGAUCAGACAGAAAUAUAUCAAUUUUAAUUUUGUGAUAAAGUUAAACAAAUAGAGGGCAAUUCCAUAAAAUAAUCAAGCUUUUUGUUCAUCUGACCCCCAUUUUUCUCAAGUUUUACUUCAUUUCAGGAACUGACCAAGCCAUGAUCAUUUGAGAGCAUUACAGCCUGUCAAAAGAACAAGAAAUCAGAGACUGAAAAUUUCAUGAAGGUCCCACAAACAUGGGGGUUGGAUGUACAUAUUUUAUGGAAUUGCCCUAGAUGUAAAUACAGUGAAUUUCAGUUAGUUCCGUACAUAAUAUUUUUCAUGAAUGAAACUAGCUUUCUAUAGAGGUCUGAACUGAAAUUCAGGUGUAGUUGUUCUGGAGUUGCUUGGGGAAACCAAAGUUACUAAAAGGGGAAGUCAGUAGAGCAUGUAAUGAAAGACUGAGAAAGGGUGACCAACAGUGUUUGGUAGGUAUUCGCAGAUCAUCUGGGGUUGAAGGGGCGAUUUUUACAUUUUAAAUUUUUUUUUUCUUUUAUAAAAAAUACUAACAAAAUUAGAAACAAAUAUACUUUGCCUCUUUCCUCACCACCUUAUUUUCCCUACGUUUCAAAAAACAAGCGUGUGCCGAUGUGUAGAAGUUUACCUACUUAAUGCUAUUAGGUGCCCUUCCUGAUG